UUUAAAUAAAUAAAAAAAUCAAUAAUGUUAUGUUGAUUAAACAAACACAAUUCUGGUUUCCCUUUUAAAGGCUACUCCACAUUUAGUUAGCUUCUACAGAAUCCAUUUACAAUCAUCCAUGGCUGCAGACUUUAGCUCCAUCCCCAUAAUUGAUAUUAGUCCCCUUUUAGCCAAAUCAGAUGACCCAAAAAUGGGUGAGGACUCUAGUGUACUUGAUGUUGUCACACAAUUGGAUAAGGCUUGUACCGAGGCAGGCUUCUUUUAUGUGAAAGGCCAUGGUAUUCCUGAAAGUCUUCUCAAAGAAGUUAGAGACGUAACACGCCAAUUCUUUGAACUUCCGUAUGAAGAAAAGGCGAAAAUCAAAAUGACUCCGGCGAACGGGUUCAGAGGAUAUGAGAAGAUUGGAGAAAAUGUAACUCAAGGUGUACCUGACAUGCAUGAAGCUAUUGAUUGCUAUAGGGAAGUGACUAAGGGCAUGUAUGGAGAUCUUGGCAAAGUUAUGGAAGGAUGCAAUCAGUGGCCAGAAAAUCCUCCAAAAAUGAAAGUUCUUAUGGAGGAAUAUAUUAUUCUUUGCAAAGAUCUUGCAAGGAAAAUUAUGUGCGGAAUUGCUUUAGCAUUAGGCGGAUCUCCAUAUGAAUUUGAAGGUCAUAGAGCUGGUGAUCCAUUUUGGGUAAUGCGUAUAAUUGGUUACCCUGCUGUAUCUACUAUGAAUGACAUUGGAUGUGGAGCUCACACAGAUUAUGGUUUAUUGACAUUAUUGAACCAAGAUGAAAAUAUAAACGCACUUCAGGUAAGAAACCUUUCUGGAGAAUGGAUAUCCGCACCUCCAAUUCCUGGAACGUUUGUGUGCAACAUUGGCGACAUGCUUAAGAUAUACUCCAAUGGUUUGUAUGAGUCAACAUUGCAUCGGGUGAUAAACAACAACACAAAAUAUAGAGUCAGCGUAGCAUAUUUUUACGAGACAAACUUUGAUACUGCAGUAGAGCCAUUGGAUACAUAUAAAACAAGGACAAAUGGCCACAGGAAGUUUGAAAGAGCCGUCUACGGCGAGCAUCUAGUCAGCAAGGUCCUCAGCAAUUUCAUACAUGAGUGACUUUGUUUUUCUCUUUGUAGUGAAUAAUAAGUUUAGCAUCUUUUGGUAAGCUCUUGCUAUCAUGUCCAGAUAUACUAAAAUUAAUGUUAAGUCAAAGUAAGUGUUUGUUAUCUAUCAAGGUCUCCCAUUCUUAAAAUAUAUGCUUUGUUUCAGUUUGAAAACUAGACCUGGAGUUUGCACACUGUAACAUAAUAUCAUCCAAUAUAAGCAAAAAUAUUAACCGAAAA